AUGUUGAGAAAGAAAUUACUUGCCCAAGAAGAGCGGGAACGUCUGCACAAUAGAGAAGUCAUUAAAGUUAUUCUAGAUUGUCGUAGAUACUUGUCAAGACAAGCCCUUGCUUUUCGUGGGGGUGAUGAUGAUCUAAAUGGAAAAUUUAGACAAUUAGUAAACCUAUUUUCACGCUGGAUUCCUUUUCUAAAAACCUGGUUGAACACAACCCAUUUACGUCCUAACCGUGUCACUUACUUGAGUGGUAAAUCACAGAAUGAAUUGAUCAACCUUUUAGCAGUUGGAGUGUGCAACAUUUUAACAGAACAAAUACGUUCUUCGGCUGUUUACGCUGUACUUGCUGACACAACACCCGAUGUUGCUCAUGCCGAUCAAAUAUCUUUAAUUAUACGCUAUGUGGACGCAGAGUUUCGCAUCCAAGAACGGCUUCUCAAAAUAUCAGAGAUCUCUUCUAAAACCGGUGAUGGAUUUUCUCAAACGGUUCUAGCAAUGGUAACGGAAUUGCGUAUUCCCAAUGCUGGUAUUCGUUUUCAGUGCUAUGAUACAACAGCUUCGAUGUCCGGGGUUUACAAUGGGGCAUAAGCGAAGUUAAGUGAGCAUUUGGAGAGAAAAAUACGCUACAUUACUUGUCUUGGUCAUGAAACAAAUCUUUGCGUCGAUCAUUCCUGUAAAUCAUCCGUUAUAAUCGAGGAGUUUUUUACCACAUUGCAAGAGCUUUAUAACUUCCUAACAAAAAGCACAAGUAGAUUCGAAAAAUUAAAGAGCAAAAUCGAAAGUUUACAGGAAGGGCUCAUCAUGUAGAAUCUUUCGCAGUCUCGAUGGAUUGGAAAAGCUGAGUCGAUCAAAACUGUAUCGGUCAGUUAUGAAACGGUGAUUGGCAUACUUCACGAUAUACAUGAGUGUGAUGAAACAGAUCUUGAUGUCAAAAAGACUGCCACAAAUUUAUUAGACAAUUUAAAGUCAUUCGAAUUUUAUGUCAGUCUUUUGUUUAUGAAGAAUGUGCUUUACAAAGCGAAGAUUGUGGUGAUGGAAGUGCAAGAAAUCGAGCAAGAUAUCCUAGCGAGUGUCGAAGUACUACAGCAAACCAGUAGUACAAAAACAGCGGUUCUAGCACAAUUUCUAGCACACUAA